AAGUGCUGCCUAUUCGGAGUAAAGAAACACUACACAAUGAAGACACACUUUUAAAAAAGAUUAUUGCUUUAAUUCCAAAGACAAAAUGGCUUGAGAUUCGGAAUUCAGGGAAACAAGUGCCGAUUCCACGGUCUGGAAUUGGAAGCCUAUUUCGCAGUUGCACCGCGUUGACUCCGUUUGUGCCGUUUUAGGAGAUACACUGGAUGUGGCUGCAUUUCAGGAUGGACAAAUGACGAGGUGUAGGAUUUUCGAUUGACAGUUGUGAUAUAACGGCAAGCUAUCUAGGUAGCUGUUAUAUUUUUUGAUGCAAUAUAUGCAUUGUUCUCCAAAACGAUUAUGUGUGCUGCUGCGGCAGUCGGUGAUGGAGGGAUUGUGCCAUCCCCAUUACCUUCGAUGCGGCUCGGCAUCAGCGUAAUUUCUGGAGUUGGGGACGCUUUCUCCUCUUUUGGGUCGGGAAUGGGUUCGUGUCAAACACCAGGAACCCAGUCGGAUUGCCGAAGUCGAUACCAACUUCUACUCUCUGGGCGAGCUUUAGCGGAAAGAUACAGGAUGAUUUAUUCCACGGCUAUCAAUGACAAGGAGCAAGGGAUAAACCAAGGAAGGGGAAAGAAAGCUUUAAGCAAGAAGAAGCUGAAACGGCGGCAAAAGUUGAAGUCUAAAGUCAAAACAGGAACAAAGACGGAGAACCUUGAUGGGGUCUUCUGCAUGCCAGAAAUCAAGCUGCAUAGCAACCCAUCGGCGUUCAACGUGUACUGCAACGUGCGCCACUGCGUGCUGGAAUGGCAGCAGCGGGAGGCGUCCCUGGCUCUGGCCUCUAGGAGCUCUGUGCAGAGCGGCGACUCGGACAGCGAGGAGGAGGAGUUCCGUGAGCCCGCCAUCAAGCUUCCGAAGAUCAUUGGCAUUGGUCUGUGUGGGGUGUUUGAGCUGAUCAAGGAGACACUGUUCUCCCACCCCUCACUGUGCCUGCGCAGCCUACAGGCCCUGCUGGACAUGCUGCAGGGACAACAGCCAGAGGGCUUCCAGACCGAACCUCCUGAUGUACUGGAGUCUCUGUUCCACCUGCUGCUGGAGACAACGGUGCGCAGCACAGGGAUGAAUGACCCCAUGGGGCAGGCCCUCACCGCCCUCUCCUGCGCCUGCCUCUUCAGCCUGGUGGUGUCCUGGGGAGACACAGGCAAGACCCUGCAGGCCGUCUCCGCCAUCCUCACUUACAACGGCAGUCACACCUGCCAAACUAUCCAGGUGCCGACCAUUCUGAACGCGCUGCAGAGGAGCGUGCAGGCCGUGCUGGUGGGCAAGAUCCAGAUCCAAGAUUGGUUCGGCAACGGCAUCAAGCGGGCGGCACUGAUGAACAAGUGGGUACUGAAGGAGGUGACCGUCAAUGAGGAUGAGCGCUGCCUGCUGCAGACCGACGGCUCUUUCCUCUACCUGCUCUGCAAGGAUGGCCUCUACAAAGUGGGCUCCGGCUACAAUGGCACCGUCAGGGGCUGCCUGUUGUACCGGGAUAUGAGUAACAACCACAGUAUGUCGGCCAUCAAGAUCGACCCAGAGACUCUGGAGCAUGAGGGAACCAUCACUAUGCCAGGUCUACAGGCAGACGGCCAGAGUGUAGUCUUCACUGACGGAGAGUACAUCAACCAAAUCGCUGCCUGCAAAGACGAUGGGUUUGUGGUGCGGAUCUACGCGACCAGUACAGACCCAGCACUGCAGCAGGAGCUUCAGCUGAAACUGGCCAGGAAGUGUCUCCAUGCCUGCGGUAUCUCUCUGUUUGACCUGGAGAAAGACCUUCACAUCAUCAGUACAGGGUUUGACGAGGAGGCAGCAUUGCUGGGAGCAGGCAGGGAGUUUGCUUUGAUGAAAACGGCCUCAGGAAAGAUCUACUACACAGGGAAGUAUCAGAGCCUUGGCAUCAAGCAAGGUGGUCCGUCGGCAGGUAAAUGGGUGGAGCUGCCUGUCACCAAGUCCCCUAAGAUCAUCCAGUUCUCGGUGGGCCAUGACGGCUCACACGCCCUGCUUGUGGCCGAGGAUGGCAGCGUGUUCUUCACCGGCUCUGCCAGCAAGGGAGAGGAUGGAGAGUCCACCAAAAGCCGGCGCCAACCGAAGCCCUACAAGCCCAAGAAGAUGAUGAAGCUGGAGACCAAGACGGCGGUGAACACAGCCUGCAACAACGGCAGCAGCGGCAUCGUCACCAAAGACGGAGAGCUCUACAUGUUCGGCAAGGACGCCAUCUACAGCGACAGCACCUGCCAGGUUUCAGACCUGAAGGGUCACAUUGUAACCCAGGUAGCCAUGGGGAAGGCCCACACCUGUGUCCUGACCAAGAUCGGAGAGGUCUGGACGUUUGGGGUAAACAACAAGGGCCAGUGUGGCCGAGAAACCGGGGCCAUGAACCAGGCAGGGAAAGCAUUUGGCAUUGAGAGCAUGGCGACGGCCAUGGAAGAGGACCUGGAGGAUGAGCUGGAGGAGAAGGAGGAGAAGAGCAUGAUGUGCCAGCCGGGCAUGCACAAGUGGAAGCUGGACCAGUGCAUGGUGUGCACUGUGUGUGGAGACUGCACCGGCUACGGAGCCAGCUGUGUCAGCAGCGGACGGCCCGACAGAGUACCCGGAGGUAUCUGUGGCUGUGGUUCGGGGGAGUCUGGCUGCUCCGCGUGUGGCUGCUGUAAGGCCUGCGCCAGGGAGCUGGAUGGACAGGAGGCCAGACAGAGGGGCAUCUUUGACGCUGUCAAGGAGAUGAUACCACUAGACCUACUACUAGGAGUCAACAUCCAGGAGCACAUCCAGAUCCGGCAGGAGGAGAAACGCCAGCGGAUCAACCGCCGACACCGGCUGGAGGAGGGACAAGAAGGGAGCAACGAGCGAGGGGAGAAGGACGUCAGUAAGAUCACCACUUACCCUCCGGGGGCGGUGCGUUUCGACUGCGAGAUGACAGCUGUGCAGGUCAGCUGCGGCCUCCACCAUUCAGUGGUGCUGUUGGAGAAUGGGGAUGUCUAUACAUUUGGCUACGGUCAGCAUGGCCAGCUUGGACACGGAGAUGUCAACUCAAGGGGAUCUCCUACACUGGUGCAGGCUCUCCCAGGUCCGUGUGUCCAGGUGACAGCUGGCAGUAACCACACGGCAGUGCUCCUCAUGGACGGACAGGUCUUCACCUUCGGCAGCUUCUCGAAAGGGCAGCUGGGUCGGCCAAUCCUGGACAUGCCCUACUGGAACGCCAAGCCCUCCCCCAUGCACAACAUUGGUGCCAAGUACGGCCGCAAGGCCACUUGGAUUGGGGCCAGCGGCGACCAGACCUUCCUGAGAAUAGACGAGGCCCUGAUCAACUCGCACGUCCUGGCUACCUCCGAGAUCUUCGCUAGCAAAGACAUCAUCGGCUUAGUCCCCACCUCUGUAUCGGAGCCUCCUCCCUUUAAAUGCCUGCUCAUCAACAAGCUAGAUGGCAGCUGCCGCACCUUCAACGACUCCGAGCAGGAGGACCUGCGGGGCUUCGGCCUCUGUCUCGACCCCGUCUACAACGUCAUCUGGAGGUUUCAGCCGGCGUCAAAGGAGAUGUGGUGCUACAAUGCCAUUAUAGCAGAUGGCCGUGUGCCAUCGGCCACGAACCUAGAGGCCCGCUGCAGCAUCCUCAGCCCAGAGCUGGCACUGCCCGAUGGAGACCAUGCCCGCACCACCCGCUCCCACGUAGCCCUGCACAUACUAGGUUGCCUGGAUACGCUGGCGGCCAUGCCAGAGCUGAAGAUGGGCGUGGCCGGCACAGAGGAGGAGACUCAGGCCGUUAUGAAGGUCUACUCCAAGGAGGACUACAGCGUGGUCAACCGCUUCGAGAGUCACGGGGGUGGCUGGGGUUACUCGGCCCACUCGGUGGAGGCCAUCCGCUUCUGUUCUGAUGCGGACAUCCUGCUGGGGGGACUGGGCCUGUUCGGGGGCCGUGGGGAGUACACCGCUAAGCUCAAGUUGUUAGAGCUGGGGCCUGAUGGUGGAGACCAUGAGACGGAUGGGGACCUCCUGGCUGAGACUGACGUCCUGGCCUAUGACUGCGCUGCCAGGGAGAAGUACGCCAUGAUGUUUGACGAACCGGUACAGCUGCAGCUGGGCUGGUGGUACGUGGCCUGGGCCCAGGUCUCUGGGCCCAGCUCAGACUGUGGCUCCCACGGACAGGCCACCAUCACCACAGAUGACAGUGUGGUCUUUCAGUUCAAGAGCUCCAAGAAGUCAAACAACGGUACCGAUGUGAACGCAGGUCAAAUAGCUCACCUCUUGUACAGUGACCCAUGA